GGCGGGGCAGGAGUUCGGAGUCUGUGGCGCGGAGGGCGUCGGCGGUGUCGGUGUUAUCGGGGCGCGCGCUCCAGCCCUCCAGGCUCGGGGGUGAUAAAGUCGGGCUCCCUGAGCCAAUCACGAGCAGCGCGUGCACCCAGACCCCCCCUCUCCCCCCCCCUGUCGGUGCUAUAGCCCCGCACAGCGAGUGGCUGAAGUGCUGUUUUAACGUUCGUCCUCAGUGCAGGUCAACAGUGUGAACACAGCUCCAGUCAGUCAUGGCUGCUUUCUUGCAUCACUGUCCCUUCCUGACCACGGUGCCCAGGCACGUCCUGUGCAAGGCCGGGACCUCCCUCUUCAACCUGGCUGACCACUGCCCCGUCCUCGUCCGCGGAGUGGCCUCCACUGCUGCCCGGCAGCAGAGGGCCAGAGAGACUGCCCCAGGAGGCUCUCCUCCCCAGCGCUCUCUGGCUCAGGCUGCUGCCCAGGCGGCGGUGUCCAUGGCCUCCAGCUGUCCCUUCGUGUCCUCCCAGAUCGGGGUGGUCAAGGCCAGCCCGGAGCUGCAGGAGGACAUCCAGGCCGGGGACAAAGGUGCCAUGGGCUCGGUUCUGAAGGGGCUGCAGUCGACUCUGAAGAAGAUGCAGGGCUUCGCUGCUGGGUCCGCUGCCCCUGUCUCCCACCUCAUCAAGGACAACAUGAUAACAGAGGGGCCUUGCUUUGAGUACGACAGCUUCUUCGAAUCCAAGAUCGUAGAGAAGAAGAGUGACCACACCUACCGUGUCUUCAAGACGGUGAACCGGCGAGCCGAUGUCUUCCCCUUCGCUGAGGACUACUCCCACCCCUCCACCGCUGCCAAGCAGGUGUCCGUGUGGUGCAGCAACGACUACCUGGGCAUGAGCCGCCACCCCCGCGUGCUGCAGGCCAUCCGGGACACUCUGGACCAGUACGGAGCGGGCGCGGGGGGCACCCGCAACAUCUCGGGCACCAGCAAGUUCCACGUGGACCUGGAGCGAGAGCUGGCCGAGCUGCACCACAAGGACGGGGCCCUGGUCUUCUCCUCCUGCUUCGUGGCCAACGACUCCACCCUCUUCACCCUGGCCAAGAUGCUCCCGGGCUGCGAGAUCUACUCGGACGCCGGGAACCACGCCUCCAUGAUCCAGGGCAUCCGCAACAGUGGCGCCCCCCGGCACAUCUUCCGCCACAACGACCCGCGGCACCUGGAGGAGCUGCUGGGCCGCGCAGACCCCGCCACCCCGAAGAUCGUGGCCUUCGAGACCGUGCACUCCAUGGACGGAGCGAUCUGCCCCCUGGAGGAGAUGUGCGACGUGGCUCACCGCUAUGGCGCCCUGACCUUUGUGGACGAGGUCCACGCGGUGGGGCUGUACGGGGCGCGGGGCGCCGGCGUGGGCGAGAGAGACUCCGUCAUGCACAAGAUCGACAUCGUCUCCGGGACUCUGGGCAAGGCGUUCGGCUGCGUGGGGGGGUACAUUGCCAGUACCGCCGCCCUGGUGGACACCGUGCGCUCCUACGCGGCGGGCUUCAUCUUCACCACCUCCCUGCCGCCCAUGGUGCUGGCCGGGGCCCUGGAGUCGGUGCGGGUGCUGAAGGGCCCCGAGGGCCAGGCCCUGCGCAGGGCCCACCAGAGGAACGUCAAGCACAUGAGGCAGCUGCUCAUGGACGCCGGGCUGCCCGUCAUCAACUGCCCCAGCCACAUCAUCCCCAUCCGGGUGGGAAACGCGGAGAAGAACUCCAAGGUGUGUGACGUCCUGCUGGAGAAACACAUCUACGUCCAGGCCAUCAACUACCCCACCGUCCCGCGCGGAGAGGAGCUGCUGCGCCUCGCCCCCUCCCCCCACCACGACCCGGACAUGAUGGACUACUUUGUGGAGAAACUCGUGGAGGCGUGGGUGGAGGUGGGGCUGCCUCUGAGUCAGCCUCUGGCGGCAUCCUGCAACUUCUGUCACCGCCCCCUGCACUUCGACCUGAUGAGCGAGUGGGAGAAGUCCUACUUCGGGAACAUGGAGCCCCAGUACAUCACCGUGUGCGCCUGAACUGAAGAUUCAUACACGUUACUCAAAAAGAUUCAACAUGUAUCGCCCCUCUCUUCCAUGUCCAUAGGCCAUAUCUGCGAAGUUUGGGCUAUUUCUGAAAGUGAUUGUAGGCAGAAACUUGUAACGUGCUACAGGGGCAAACCAAAAUGACAGGUACUACGAGAAAUUAGAUAAAAUUACAAAAUAAACGGACACCAUCGCCCCCCUUGAAAAAGUGCAGACAAAAGCACGUGAUGUAAUAAGAUGGCAACUGGGUUUUCAGCUCCCCAUGUCACAUGACUCACAAACUCAACUAUAACUAUAUCCGCGGUGAGGGUCUUCUUCUUCGUCAUGUAGGUUUCUCUGUUUACAUGACAACUGCUCUACUGAUGUGGCCUUUUAUUUCACAAAGUAAAACCAAAACCCAUCACUUCUACAGAAUGACAAGCAGAUAUGGCCUAUAAACAGGUGUGAGGCGUGAUAUUUAAAAUGAUCUUCUCUUAUUCUAAAUCUUGGCUUUUCUUCCCCCCCUGACCCCAUCCCCGACUGUGGAGGCUCCCCUUUGGAACAGGAUGAGGUUGUGUUGCUGUUCCUUCAUGGACUCCCACUCGGUUUACCACAGACAGAUCCCACAGUUCUCUUCCAUGUGGCUUUCUGUUAACCUCUGGGCAUUUCAAAGCAUAAGGCAUGGGUGAAGAAUUCUACUGCUGGCUGAAGAACGCAUGGUGCUACCUGGAUAGAUCUUCAGAUUGGCACACUGUGUUCUCUCGGCAUGGCGAUACCUGCGCGUUGAGCACUUUCUAGUGUCAGACAGCUACACGGCAGUAAACUGUUCUGCACAGAAGUAGUUCCGGUGGUCAGUCAGCCUGUUUCCAAAAGGCCAGAGUGUCGGCAGAAGACUUCAGCUACUGAGGCUCUGAUUGCAAGACACUGUGGCCACAAGUUCACAGACACUCCAGGUAUCAAACUGCUCUUCUCUCCUGUGAUUGAUUCUUGCUGUUGCCCAUCCAUUGUCA